AACCCUAUAUAAACUGUAGCAAGGAAGAGGAACCUGAAGAAAUACAGAAAAACAGAAAGGGAUUGUGUCCAUUGAACUUAGACGCGCUUACUGAAACCUAGCGUACUGAAACCUAACCCGGACGUGUUCCGGUUGAGAAAACAGGAUUGCAUAUGACCCGAUAAGUCCGAAGUUUCAAGUGUAGAAUUUGUUGUGGUUCUGAAAGAAACUCACAUCAAUCCAAAUUGAUCACUGCAGGAGUAGCAUGUGCUAGCUUCCAGGGUUUGUCUUGUUGAUUGCUCUUCGAUCAUUGCUGAAGAUUCUGUGCAAAAUGGAUUUGGUAGCUAGUUGCAAGGAAAAAUUGCAAUACUUUCGUUUGAAAGAGCUCAAAGAUGUGCUCACUCAAUUGGGACUCUCAAAACAGGGAAAGAAGCAGGAUCUUGUUGAUAGGAUAUUGUCUAUUCUUUCAGAGGACCAAGCUUGUUACUUUUUCCCAGUUUCUAAAUUGUGGAUCAAGAAGAAUGCAGUUGGAAAACAACGGGUGGCCAAAUUAGUGGAGGACACAUAUAGAAAAUUGCAGGUAUCCGGGGCCAUUGACCUGUCAUCGAAGGGACAGGGCUCUGAUAGCAGUAAUGUGAAAAUUAAAAAUGAAAUGGAGGAUUCCUUUCUAUCAGAUACUAAGAUUCGCUGUCUCUGUGGAAAUGUAUUGGAUACGGACCCAUUGGUCAAGUGUGCAGAUACAAGAUGUCAUGUGUCGCAGCACAUCAACUGUGUUGUUAUUCCAGAGAAACCUACGGAUGGAACCCCACAUGUUCCUGAUAAAUUCUACUGUGAAAUAUGUCGAGUUGAUCGGGCAGACCCGUUCUGUGUUUCAGUGACACACCUUUUGUUUCCGGUGAAGUUGACAACAACCAAUAUUCCCACUGAUGGGACCAGCCCAGUUCAGAGUGUGGAAAGAACGUUUCAACUCACUAAAGCAAACAAGGAGUUGGUAUCGAAACCAGAAUAUGAUGUUCAGGCUUGGUGUAUGCUUUUGAAUGACAAGGUUUCAUUCAGGAUGCAAUGGCCACAAUAUACGGAUUUAAAAGUCAAUGGUCUUCCUGUUCGUGCAAUUAACAGACCCGGUUCACAGGUGCUUGGGCCUAAUGGUCGUGACUCUGGUUCAGUUAUCACACCAUAUUCAAAGGAUGGAAUUAAUAGGAUUUCCUUGACAGUGGUGGAUGCUCGAGUAUUCUGUUUAGGGGUUCGAAUUAUUAAAAGGCUCACCAUGCCAGAGAUUCUAAGCAUGAUUCCAGAGGAGCGUAAUGGUGAGAGUUUUGAAGAUGCUCUUGCACGUGUUUGUUGUUGUGUUGGGGGUGGAAAUGCAAAUGAUAAUGCUGAUAGUGAUAGUGAUUUGGAAGUGGUUUCAGAUACUUUUAGCAUCAAUCUUCGUUGCCCAAUGAGUGGUUCAAGAAUGAAGAUUGCAGGAAGAUUCAAACCUUGUGUUCACAUGGGCUGUUUCGAUCUUGAAGUUUUUGUUGAAUUGAAUGAACGAUCAAGGAAGUGGCAGUGCCCCAUAUGCCUUAAAAAUUAUGCUUUGGAGAAUAUCAUCAUUGACCCUUACUUCAAUCGCAUCACUACUCUGAUGAAAAAUUGUGGAGAAGAGAUUACAGAGGUCGAGGUGAAGCCUGAUGGUUUUUGGCGUGUCAAAGUUAAGAAUGAAAGUGAACGUCGGGAGUUGGGAACUCUUGCUCAUUGGCACCGUCCUGAUGGAUCCCUCUUUGUCUCUACUGAUGAAAUCAAGAAAAUGGAAAAUUUAAAGCUCAAACAGGAAGGUGUUUCAGAUGGUCAUAUUGGUUUAAAACUUAGGAAGAAUAGUAACGGUGUUUGGGAAGUCAGCAAACCUGAGAAUACAAGCACCUCUUCUGGUAAUAAUAGAUUGAAUGAGGAUCUUGAAAAUAUUGAACAUGUUAUUAUUCCAAUGAGCAGCAGUGACACUGGAAGUGGCCGGGAUGAAGAUGAUCCAAGUGUAAAUCAGGGUGGUGGUGGGCAUAUUGAUUAUUCUACUACCAAUGGUAUUGAGAUUGAUUCUGUGUUUAACAGUAAAAUUGAUUCAGCAUAUGGAUAUUCUGUUUAUAAUGCUUCUGCUCCAAUUGGUGAUGCAGAAGUUAUUGUUAUUAGUGAUUCAGAAGAAGACAACGAUGUAUUGAUGUCUCCAACUCCUAUAACUGGGUACACCAAUAAUCAAACUAGUGCUGCAGUUGAUGUUUACUCGGUGCUAGAGCCUGGAAUUAUUGAUUCAUAUACGGAGGAUCCCAAUCCUGGUGGAAAUGCAAGUUUAGGAGUUUUUAAUAGUCAUCCCAGUGAAGAUGAUUUUGGGAUGUCCUCCCUCUGGCCAUUGCAAUCUGGAACUCCAGCAGUCCCAGGAUUCCAAUUAUUUAGUUCUGAAGUGGAGGAGGAUGUGUCAGAUACAUUGGUUGGUUUGCAGAGCGGUAACAUCAAUUGCUCAUCGUCACUGAAUGGUUAUAUGUUGGCCCCGGAUACUGCUUUGGGAUCUAGCACUCUUAUGCCAGAUUCCUCGGUGGUUCGACCUGAUGAUGAUUUAAAUGGUGGCUUGGUUGACAAUCCACUGGCAUUUCCCAGAGAAGAUCCCUCCCUUCAGAUUUUUCUCCCUACAAAACCAGCAGAAUCAUCCAUUCAGCAUGAAUUGAGUGAUCACGCGGACGUAUCAAAUGGUGUCUUCACGGAGGAUUGGAUCACUCUUAGUCUUGGAGGUGGUGCUAGUGGCCGUAACGGUGAUGCUUCCACUGCAACUGGAUUGAAUUCCAGACCGCAAAUUGCAUCUGGAGAAGGUGCCUCAAAUUCCUUGACAGAUACCGACACGAGACCACUGAGGUAUCUCAAAUGGUUGAGAGAUUCCAUGCCGGAAGAGGAUAGGAAGACGUUGGGAUGCUUGGAUGAAUUAUCUCACAGACUUCUUACUCGACAAAUUGUGAAAGUCUUCCUUUCCCCACAUUCCUUUGCCAGCAUGUUGGGAAUCAUGUCGCUAGUAGAAGCUAAGAUUGGAAUGAAGAAUGUCUUCUUUGACAUGAAGAAGAUUGCUAUUGAGAACAAGAAAAAAGAUGGUAGUCGUGGUACUAAAAAAGGUCCAAUAGUAGAAACAUAUCCACCACCCUGGCUACAACAAGGAGGCAGGGGGAUAAAGAGCAACAGAUCGACUAACCCUUGGGAGUAUGUUGUGACUUCUCGGUUUGACCAUAAAGACUAUGGAAGUCUUGUGGUGGACAACAUAGAUAUGCAGAAAAACAUAAGCAUAUCCCUAUCUGAGGAAGAGGCGCAUUUGGUUGCUCCUUUACUCCUUGGUAUCAAUGAUGUUAGAUCUGACAAGGCGAAUGGGAAAAGAUCUGAUUCAGAUAGCCCUUUCUCUUUUCCUCGCCAAAAACGUUCAAAACUGAAGAAAGUUGAGAAGCAUUUUUGGUCCUCAGGAAAUGGAAGAUGAUGUGGUGUGAGGCACCUCUGGUAUUAUUUUUCCAUUGGUGGUGAAGGUGUAGGCUGCAAAGUUUCUCAAUUUUUUAUGCUUGAUAUUCAAGUUGUCCAUAUGACAUAAUGAAAAAGGUCAGGGGCAUGCUUUUAUUCCCCAGUUUUCAGCCAGGAACUGAUGAUACUGGUAUAUAGUGCUGUAAAGAUUAUUGUAUCUGCAAUUUUGUUUCUGCUGAGAGUAAUUAAUCUGUAAAUGUUAAGCCAGCAGAUUUAAUAGUAAAACCAAAAGUAGUUUAAUCUUAUUCACACCCAGGUAGUCACCCAAUUUUGUAAAAUAUGAUUGCCAAUAUUUGUAAUAUAUUUAGGCAGUAAAGUUACCUCCUGGAUUGUAUAUCCUGGAGAGGAUAAA